CAAACUGCGAUCGACAUGUAAACCGACAUGCAUUCUCAACCGACAGGCAUUCUCAUCGGCUCAAGCUUCAGGAAAGCUGUUUGACACAGUGGAGGCACAGCCUGGGUCUCACACCUCCGCACGCGAUUGCCCAGAUGAUGCGAAUCGCGAUGCUGUCCUUCGUGACCGUCGUCAUGUACGGCAUCCAGGGCAGCAUCAUGAGCCUUGCAGAAAGCACAUUGCCGCAGCUGCUGAACCGCAGCGAGUCGUCGCUUGAGGUCAACACCGUGCUAGCGAUUGCAAAGCUUCCAGCCGCACUUAAGAUAUUUCUCGCGCCCUUCGUGGACUACAUGAGCCACCGUCUCCCGAAGGGCUACACGACGCUGCUGGUUUCUAUGCAGGCCGUUUCGUGCGCAAGUCUUUGUUACCUGGCCUCAAUGGUGAACGUCACAUCUUCCAAAGGCGGCGUCGCCGCGGCCAACCAACUGCGAUGGCCCUUGUUCGGAUGUGCUCUCUUCAACGCGGCAUCUGAUCUGGCACUGGAUCCUUCGCCUUAAUCCAGUUUCCCGGCAGUCUGGGCGACGUGCCCGCGCUGUGCCAGGUCGUCGGCAUCUUCGUCGGCAAGGUCAUCGGCAAGUCAGGUUUUUUCGCAUUACUGAGCCACGAGUGGCUCAGCCUCUCGGGCUUCGUAACUAGUCUGGCCGUCCAGACAGGCAUCUGCGUGCUCGGAGUCCUUGCCGCUGCAGAGGAAGAGGAUCAUUCGGCUGCGGAGAAUGCGAACCUAACGAGCUUGACAUGGUUUGCAUGAUGAAGAGGAUUUGGCAGUUCUCUACGCAUCGCAGGAACGUGCCGCACUGGUUGUCCUACCAGCUUUUGAUGCCGGCAAUGUAUUUCCACGUUGUGUCCGUGCUCGCGAACAGGUACGAGCAGAUGGGCUUGAAUGGCGAGGACUAUGCGCUGUACGAGUUACCGAUUGUGCUAUGUACGUUGGUCGCACUUGUCCUGCUGUCGCGAUUCGGCGCUGACAACAAGCGCCCGCUUUCAUUACCCAUGCGAUUCUACUUUGUCGAGGCUGUGGUGAUCGCUGGGUUACUCGUGCAGUACUGCAUGUGGUCAGGCGCGGCCACCUGGCAGUUCACCUUGGUUUACGCCCUGAUGACCAAAGCCCAAGACCUGCUGUUCUUCUUGUUCGAGGCGACCGAGUUUACGUUUUAUGGUCAAGUCGCGAAGCUGGACUGUAAGCUGGUGGCGACCGUGAUGUCGCUGCAGACGAGCGCCUUCAACUUCGGCGAGUUCUUUCAUUGUUGGUUGGCUCCGAAGGUGGUCGACUCCCUCUCAGUCUGCGCAGCUUCCGCAACGGGCACGCUCGAGUGUGCGCACGACGCAUACCCAUUGGUUGCCUGCGUUUUGACAUUGGUCAGUAUGACUUUCCUUGUGACGCAGUGGAAGCGGAUUGACGCGUACCAGAGUUUGCAGGAUCAAGGCUGGUUGCCUCGCAAUGCUCGAGCCACGGAUCAGUGUCUCGUCAUUGUCGUUUUCGUUGGCAUCGUUGUCUUUACCAUUAGCAAUUUAUUGUUCUAGCGUGCUCUCUUCCUAGCUCCUAGCUGGGGCCAGCGCAUUACGUCUGCGUAGCUCUCAUUCAUCGGCCUCGCGCGCGCCAAAUAAUAUAUUGUGGUGUGUUUUGCUCGCUGCUGUGCGCAGCUACAUGGAAUGCCUAGCUUCUCGCUGCUACUCGCUGCCAUGCGCAGCUGCAGGCGACCUGUGGCAGUUGUGUGUGUGUGUUGUUCGCUUCUAUUCGCUGCCAGGCGCAGCCGUUUUAUGUUCAGCUCAGCACUCAAAUUUACCACGGUGUGCAGAGGACAUGAUAUGUCAUCGUGGCCAUCGGCGAAUGUGUUGAUAGGGUUCGACGCGGCCAACGCGGUGGGAAAACAUGUGACUUGAACUGCGAACCGAAUGUCGCA